AUGGUUGCAUUCACAUCUUUGAUGGGACCAACGAAUAAUGCGGUAGCUAUUUUGAUGAAGACCACAGUAUUGACAUUAUCCCCAUAUAUAUCCACUGCUUGCACAGAGACGUUGUACGAAAUGGCAUCGGAUGGCGGUGUUCCUGUCAGGCUGAGAGUAUUAUUAUCGAAGUAUUUAAGAUUUGUUCCGCCACUACUAGAGAAUGUUGCCGGGUCGAAGCUGAUCUCGAAUGGUGAUGAAGGGUGGUAUAACAGCGUAGAAGGUGCUGAGAAUGGUCCCUGUGAAGAGAGUUGUAAUUGCGCUGGUAUCUUAAUCGACGGUGGUGAGUUCUUUGAAACAACUAGAGUAGUAUUUGAGGUGAUAGAUCCAGACGAGUCGCUUGCGAUCACUCCAAAAGUGAUUUCUGUCACCGUUCCAGUCCCAACAUCACUACUAGAUGCGACGGAGGGGAAAUUCGACAUGGGAAAAGUUAGAUAUCAGGGACUUGCCAUCGUUAGGUAUUCUAAAGGCGCAGUAGAGGGAGAUUUGUCUAUAGGCAUUACCUUACCUGGAGUUCGACAUCCAUCGUGA